GCGAACGAGAAGGCGGGAAAAGACGGAAUGGAGCGGCAGGGACACUGGCCGUGCUCACAGGUGGACAUGCCCCAGGUAGAGUGCAAGGACCAGGAGCCACAGCUGUUGGGGGAGAGCCAGGAGCAGCAGCAAGGCGAGGAGAGCCGCGAAGAGGAGGCUGGUCGAGGGCCAGCUAGAAGUCAGGUUUCUAGCCCCUCUAUCGCCACCUCCAGUGCCAACCGCCAGCUGAUGAUGCUGGAAGGGAAGUCAGGACCCUACUUCUCCUCUCUGGACUCGAGCAUCAACAUCCUGAAGAAGAGGGCCCAGGAGCUGAUCGAAAACAUCAACGAGAGCAGGCAGAAGGACCAUGCCCUCAUGACCAACUUCAGAGACAGCCUCAGGAUCAAGGUUUCAGACCUGACAGAGAAGCUAGAGGAAAGGAUGUAUCAGAUUUAUAAUCACCACAACAAGAUCAUUCAGGAAAAGCUCCAAGAGUUCACCCAAAAAAUGGCAAAGAUCAGUCACCUGGAAACAGAGCUCAAAGAAGUGUGCCACACCGUGGAGACCGUGUACAGAGACCUGUGCGGCCAGCCUGAGGCUACUACUUUGGAAGAAGAACAGACCCACAAAGACAGCGAAUGCUGACAGCUGCCAGGAGAGCCCCCCUUAGUGACAGCCACCAAGGAAAGGCUCAGAGGCCACCAUUCUGGCCAUGCUGAGAAAAUUGUUUUUCAGAGUUCUGUAAUGCAUCUUGGCAAAAACCGACCGACCAACCAACCCAAAGCUCCUUGUGCCAGGCCCAAA